AUGGCUUCACCGAGGACGAUAACAAUUGUGGCCCUCUCUUUUGCUCUUGGCCUUUUUUUCGUCUUCAUGGGCACUAUAAAGCUCACACCAAGAUUAAGCAAGGAUGCUUACAGUGAGAUGAAAAGGGCAUACAAAAGCUACGCAAAGGCCUUGCCAGGUCUAAAGAAGAUGGGUAUCAGUUCGGUGCUGCUCCGUAAGAUCAUUGGCUCACUAGAGGUGGGCUGUGGUGUGGUUCUGACGUUGGUGCCAGGGAGACCCAAGGAUGUGGCUAACUUCCUGCUCUUGCUGGUCAUGCUGGCGGUCCUUUUCUUCCACCAGCUAGUAGGAGACCCCCUGAAACGAUACGCUCAUGCUCUGGUCUUUGGCAUUCUGCUCACCUGCCGACUGCUCAUUGCCCGCCAGAGUGAGGACCGGCCUGAGAGGGAGGAGAGCAGGGAAGAACACAUCAAUGUCCAGGAAAAGAACAAAGUCAAGCAGUCCUAA